UAGUGUAUAUAUAGUAGUCAACAUGUGAUGCAUGCCUCUGUCGCGCAUGUCACAUAACAGGAUAAAGAUGACAGACCAUACGACAAAUAUUAUUACGUUGCCAUCGGAACUGUUGAUAGUAAUCUUCGAAUAUUGUAGUGCAUUCGAUUUAAUAAGGCUCACCCAAGUAUGCAAACGAUUUCACAUGAUAAUAGAGAGAAAUUUACUCUGGUCCAAAAAGAGCUAUUUACCGCUCGCUACGAAUCAAAGAUCAAAAAGGUUUCUUGAAAGAUGCAAUCAAAUAUUGUGUGACCGUUCCAAGUGGCGUGUAUCCUAUAAUUGGCAAUAUGGGAGAUAUAUCAAGAAGCUGUUGUUUCCACAACGUAGGAAAGUAAUACCAAAAAUAUGUAUGAAAUCACAUGAACUCUGGUGGUGUGGUAACAAUCUACUUUGUGGUUUCAAACGUACAAAACCUUUUGACACUGUAAAUAAUGUAAUUUAUAAAACUGUCAAUAACAUACAUGACUUCAGCACAUUUGUUUUGAUGAAAGAUUUUAUUAUAACUGGUGAUAGUAACGGUGAUCUAAAAUAUUGGUUAUACGAUGGAGGAGGUCAAUUAGUCCAUACUACACAUGCACAUAGUGAUGACAUUAAUGCCAUGGAUGCAACAUCAGAAGUUAUUCUUGCAAGUUCACUGAGUAAAAUAGUAAAGGUGUUUCCUGCGCCUGUGAAAGAUGAUAGGUUAAAAUUUUACGAAUACAGUCUUUCUUCUUUAUCUAUAAUAGAUAGAAUUUGGUCGAUCAAGGCUGAUAUCGAAGGCAAAAAAUUUGCCAUUGGCACAUCUGGGAAUGAGACCUUGCCUCUUCAAAUAUACGAUAUAGAAGAAUGCACGUGUUUAAUGCUACUAAGUCACAAUUGGCGGCCCGGCGCGGGAAUACUGGACAUGGUGUGGGAAGAUCCACACACUAUACUUAGUUGUGGCUACGACACGUAUAUUCGAAAAUGGGACUUGAGAUGCGGGAGAUGCGUGAAAUCAUGGGCGGAUCCAACUGAUGCAACAUUAUAUUGCAUCUCGUCUGAUCAUAAUUAUACCAUGAUUUCGGGAACACAGUUCAAUUGUAUGGCUGUUCUAUGGGAUCAAAGGCAACGUGAAUAUAUGCAACUUUAUUUUAUGAAGUGUCCAGGCAAUCAUGACAAAUCACCGAUCUAUUCUCUAGAUUUCGAUAGUACUAAUCUGUAUUGUGCUACAGACCGAUACCUAGUCGAACUGGAUUUUUAUGGAAAGACAAAACGAUCGUUUAAUUAUAACGGUUUAAUAAAGUAAUAAGAAAGGUAAUGGGCUAAAUGAGAAUGACAUUUUACAAAUUAUAUUACACAUAUUUUUCUCAUGAGAAGAAAAUAUUUAUGAACAAGUAAAUGAAAAUGGAGAAAAGAUCAUACCAAUGUGUAUUUUUUUGAGGCACUGUAUAAAAGCGAGAUAUUUUUUAUACAGUCCUAUUAUGUAUUAUGAGACAUGCUUUGUAAUUAUUAUUAUAUUUUAAAUAUAUUAUGAAUUCAAUUUUGUAUACUGUA